CUGAUGCAUUUCAGUCCAGCUCUAUCUUCAUCAUGUUCACUAAGACCGCUGUUGCUCUCGCCCUUGUGGCCGUCGCCUUGGCUGCUCCUUCACAGCCUUCUUACGACUACUCUCCUCCGGCAACUUAUGACUCUCCUGCCAAGUACGACUUCAACUACGCUGUUAAGGACGACUACUCCGGAAACGACUUCGGUCACCAGGAAGCACGCGACGGAUACAACACUCAGGGUUCUUACUUCGUCCUCCUUCCCGACGGUCGUCUGCAGAGGGUCAUCUACACUGUCAACGGCGACUCUGGCUACGUAGCUGAGGUCAGCUACGAGGGUGAGGCCCAGUACCCAGAGCACCAUUCUGCUCCUGCAUACAAACCUGCUCCUGCUUACAAGCCUGCUCCUGCUUACAAGCCUGCUCCUGCCUACAACCCUGCCCCUGCCUACGAACCCGCUCCCACUUACACGCCUACCCCUGCCUACGAACCCGUCCCUACUUACCGUGGAAAAUGGAUGCUUUUAUUGAUAUCCAUUACUCAAUUGACAUAUCAACUGGUAAAUUACAGUCAUAAUGGUUCUGCGUCUUAUAUCAACGACGUAACUCUUGGUCAAUUGUUUAUUUUAGUGCCCUUUUCCUCUGCUUUUAAGCUUAAAUGUUUCAACUUCAAGGAAAGUCAUGUUCACUUUCAGACCACUAGUAAACUACUUACUUUCGCCGUCGCCAAGGUGAGGGUCGGCUGGACAGUGGAAAAGGGAGUGGCUGAGGAGAGUUUACGAGAGUCACUUAGUAUAAAAGGCAACGGCUCGACGUCUGAAGCAUCUCAGUCGAUCUCUUUCAAUCUUGAUCAUGUUUACAAAGGUGUGAAUGAACCGCCGUCGUUCUCGCCCUUGUGGCCGUUUGCCAUGGCUGCUCCUUCACAGCCGUCUUACGACUACUCUCCUCCGGCAACUUAUGACUCUCCUGCUAAAUACGACUUCAACUACGCUGUUAAGGAUGAUUACUCCGGAAACGACUUCGGUCACCAGGAAGCACGCGACGGAUACAACACUCAGGGUUCUUACUUCGUUCUCCUUCCCGACGGUCGUCUGCAGAGGGUCACUUACACUGUCAACGGCGACUCUGGCUAUGUAGCUGAGGUCAGCUACGAGGGUGAGGCCCAGUACCCCGAGUACAAGCCCGCUCCUGCUUACAAGCCUGCCCCUGCUUACAAGCCUGCCCCUGCCUACAAGCCUGCCCCUGCCUACGAACCCGCUCCCACUUACAAGCCUGUCCCUACUUACAUCAUUGUUGGUUAUGUCUUUGUGGCCGCCAGUGUGAUGCCCUCUGACAGUUGUCGUACGAUACGAUUCUUCUGGCGUAAGGAUAACUCACAUGCAACGGCUCGACGUAUGAUGCAUCACAGUCGAUCAUCUAUCUUUAUCAUGUUCACUAAGACCGCCGUCGCUCUUGCCCUUGUGGCCGUCGCUUUGGCUGCUCCUUCACAGCCUUCUUACGAUUACUCUCCUCCAGCAACUUAUGACUCUCCUGUUAAGUACGACUUCAACUACGCUGUUAAGGACGACUACUCCGGAAACGACUUCGGUCACCAGGAAGCACGCGACGGAUACAACACUCAGGGAUCCUACUUCGUCCUACUUCCCGACGGUCGUCUGCAGAGGGUCACCUACACUGUCAACGGCGACUCUGGCUAUGUAGCUGAAGUCAGCUACGAGGGCGAGGCUCAGUACCCUGAGUACCAUCCUACUCCUGCGUACAAACCUGCUCCUGCAUACAAGCCUGCCCCUGCUUACAAGCCUGCCCCUGCUUACAAGCCUGCUCCUGCUUACAAACCCUCCCCAGCCUAUGAACCCGCUCCCACUUACACGCCUGCCCCUGCCUACGAACCCGCCCCUACUUACGCUUAAGUGUGUACAAACUAACAUAUGCAAGAUAUUUAUUAAAUGGGAACCCAUGCA